AUGGCGCCUGCAGCUCUGACGGGCUUCCUUGCCCUGUGUGCCUGGCUUCUGCUGACAUCUGGCUUUGCUGGAGCCGGCAAGCUGCUGGUUGUACCCAUGAGCGGGAGUCACUGGCUCAGCAUGCGUGUCGUGGUGGAGAAACUCAGCCAGAGGGGGCACGAGGUGGUGGUGGUCAUGCCCGAGGUGGGUUGGCACCUGGACAAAUCCCCCAACUACACAGUGAAGACUUACUCAACUUCUUACUCGCUGGAGGACCUGAGUCGUGAGUUCUCCCUCUUUGCUGAUAAUCACUGGAAAACUCAAGAGUCAGAGUUAUUCUUUUUAUUUGAUAACUCAGCCAGCCGUGUGUUUGAAUUCUUUUUUUCCCAUUGUAAGAGUCUGUUCGGUGACAUGAACUUAGUAGAGUUCAUAAGAGACAGUGCUUUUGAUGCAGUGUUGACAGAUCCUUUUGAUAUGUGUGGCUUGAUUGUGGCCAAGUAUUUCUCACUCCCAUCUGUGGUCUUCGCCAGGGGAGCAUUUUGUCAUUACCUUGAUGAAGGCACGCAGGCCCCUAGCCCAAUUUCUUAUGUUCCCAGGUCUUUCCUAAGGCUCUCAGACAACAUGACCUUCUGGGAGAGAGUAAGAAACCAAAUCUUCUUUUUGGAGGAGCACUUGUUUUGUCAUUAUUUUGUCAAAGGUGCUUUAGAAAUUGCCUCUGAGAUUUUGCAACAGCCAGUCACAGCAUAUGACCUCCACAGCCACACGUCAAUUUGGUUGUUGCGAACUGACUUUGUUUUGGACUACCCCAAGCCUGUGAUGCCCAACAUGGUCUUCGUAGGAGGCAUCAACUGUGAGCAGAGAAAGCCUCUGAGCAAGGUGAGUCACCUCUCCUUGAGCCCCUAA